AAAAUUACAUUGAAACUUUUUUUCCUUGUGUGCUGAUUCUCAGAUCCAUUGUAAUACACCGAGAAUCAUCCACUUUUUUGCGAUAAUGAUCCGGAAAUUUUAAUCAACAAGCGUGUCCGAAGGCCAGUCGAGCUGAGAAAGUCUAUUGUCUGGAUCCCGUCAAUAACUCAAAUCAGCCAAUGCCAAUGCCCAGAUCGACCCAGCACACUGCCGCUACCCGCUUGGCAUGGAGGAUGGCCGGAUCAAAGACCAUGACAUCACCGCCUCCAGCCAAUGGUACGAGACCACUGGGCCACAAUAUGCCAGGUUGAACCGGGAGGAGGGUGACGGGGCGUGGUGCCCAGCGGGACUCCUACAGCCCUCUGACACCCAGUACCUGCAGGUCGACCUGGGCCAGCUCACCUUCCUGACAGUGGUGGGAACCCAGGGUCGCUAUGCCCGGAACUCGGGUAAAGAAUUUGCCCGCAUGUACCGCCUGAACUACAGCCACGACGGCMAGCUCUGGAGGUCCUGGAAGAAUCGCCUUGGCAAUAAGACGAUGGAGGCGAAUGACAACGCCUAUGUCUCUGUGAUCAAAGACCUUCACCCGCCCAUCAUCAGUCGCUACAUCCGUCUCAUCCCCGUCACCAAGAUGCCCACCACUGUGUGUAUGAGACUGGAGCUGUACGGCUGCCCCUGGCACGACGGCCUGACGUCAUACAGCUCUCCUGAAGGUCAGCUGAUGAUGCCUCCUGGGUAUCCCAUUGCCAGCCUCAACGACUCCACAUACGACGGCGCCCACGAACGAAGGAAACUGUCCGGGGGGUUGGGUCAGCUGACGGACGGUGUGAUUGGUCAGGAUGACUUCCUGGUGACGCGGCAGUACCAUGUAUGGCCUGGAUACGACUAUGUGGGCUGGAGGAACGGGAGUCUGAGCUCUGGCUAUGUGGAGAUGGAGUUUGUCUUUGACAAGCAAAGGAACUUCACCUCCAUGAAGGUGCACAGUAACAAUAUGUUCUACCACGGGGUGAAGAUCUUCUCCUCCGUGUCCUGCUCUUUCAAGCCCCGCCUCAUCGCUACCUGGGAGGCGGAGCCGGUGGAGUUCCGUACGGUGCUGGACGACCGCAACCCCAGCGCUCGCUAUGUGACCGUGCCUCUGGGACGCCGUAACGCCAAGGCCCUGCGCUGCCGCUUCCACUUCGCUGAUGUGUGGAUGAUGUUCAGCGAAAUCUCCUUCCAGUCAGCAGACACCGUGAUUCCUACUCAGAUAACCCCAGUGGUGACAUCCCCCUGGCCCAAGGAGGAGAGCUCCAUGCCCACCACCCACAAGACUGUGACAAACCCAUCAGCCAAGUACCAACCGGAUGAUGGGAACACCCCUAUUCUGAUUGGCUGUCUGGUGACGAUCAUCCUGUUGCUCGUAGUGAUCAUCUUCCUGAUCUUGUGGUGCCAGUAUGUGUGCAAGGUGCUGGAGAAGGCUCCACGCCGUAUCCUCGAGGAGGAGGUCACCGUGCGCCUGUCCUCCAGUAGUGACACCAUCAUUCUGCAGACCCCUCCCGUGCCCCCCCGGGUCUCUCAGAUGGACCACCCGUACGAGCGCGUCUUCCUCCUGGACCCUCAGUACCAAGACCCGGCCGGCCUCAGAAACAAGCUGCCCGAACUGUCUCGGAGUGCAGAGACCUCAGCGUGUGGUGGGGGCUAUGCGGAGCCCGAUGUCACCCAGUGCACGCCUCAUCAGUGCUUCCAGAACAGCGUGCCGCACUACGCCGAGACAGACAUCGUGAGCCUGCAGGGUGUGACCGGCAGUAACAUGUAUGCCGUGCCCGCACUUACCGUCGACUCGCUCACCCGCAAGGACAUCUCCGUGGCAGAGUUCCCCCGACACAGGCUGCUCUUCAGGGAGAAGCUGGGGGAGGGGCAGUUCGGGGAGGUCCACCUGUGUGAGGCUGAGGGUCUGCCUGAGUUUCUGGGGGAGGGCGCCCCACUUCCCGACCGAGACGGACGGCCUGUACUGGUGGCGGUGAAGCAACUGAGGGCAGACGCCACCAACAACGCCAGUUUGUCAGACCUCCUGCACAUGUCAGUGCAGAUCUCGUCCGGCAUGCGGUACCUGGCCUCUCUGAACUUUGUGCACCGAGACUUGGCCACACGCAACUGCCUGCUGGACCGCAGACUCACCAUCAAGAUAGCAGACUUCGGCAUGAGCAGAAACCUGUACAGCAGUGACUACUACCGSAUCCAGGGGCGAGCUGUGCUGCCCAUCCGCUGGAUGGCCUGGGAGAGCAUUCUACUGGGUAAGUUCACCACGGCCAGCGAUGUGUGGGCCUUCGGCGUCACCCUGUGGGAGAUCUUCACUCUGUGUAAAGAGCAGCCCUACAGCCUACUGACAGACGAACAGGUCAUCGAAAACACUGGCGAGUUCUUCCGAAACCAGGGCAGACAGAUCUUUCUAUUCGCCCCACUGCUCUGUCCUCCCUCUCUAUUUGAGCUGAUGAUGCGUUGUUGGGACCGCGACAUCGCUGAUCGACCCACCUUCGAGGGGUUGUACCAGGCCUUACGACCACACGUGGUCCAGUGAACUUUGAACCCUGGCACAACCAACGGGCUGUCCUGAGUGAGAGGUCCAUUUUGCCUGAAUUCUCUUCUCUUAACCCCUCUGACUGACAGACAGAAGGACAGACGGACAAACAUACGGACAGACAGAGAGACAGACAUACAGAGAGACAGACAGGCAUACAGACAGACAGACAGCGGGGAAGACUGGAAGAGGAUGCAGCGACGUUGUCAUUUUGAGAGAGCAGGAAGUGGGUUGAGGUUAUCACUUCCAGAAUGUGGACCACUUCUUUCAUCUUUCACAUUCUUCAGUGAUGGACCUUUAAUCAUAUAAAAUCCAUGAAAAAAAGCUGUCACCCUUUUGUCUGUUGAUGGUUUGUGUAAAUUGAAUUCUGUUCAUCCAUCUUUAAACAGUAUGUUGUGUUUUCAUGUUGUUUUUGUAUGGUAGGCCUACCAAAGAAAUCAUAAUAUCMCUAAUACCUGGCCUAGUAAGAAAUCAAUAACUGGACAAAUGCUUUUGUCUUGAGGUCCUGUGKUUUUUUUGUGUGUAAAGCACUGCUGCCUGGUUGUCUUCCAUUUAUCCAUGAUAUGUUCCUUUCAUUAUCCCCACACUGGACUAUGAUCAUUUUGAUUUGUUUGACUCAGAUUUUAUUGUCCUUUUUGAAUAUGAAUGUUAUAUAGGUCAGUUUGGAUAAGGCCUUUGGCUAAAGCAGAACUACUGUCAUAGCUAGAAUAGGACCCUGACCCUCUGACCCUAACCCUCUGACCCUAACCCUAACCCUGCUUUAGAGAGGGUUGGGGAGCCACAAUGGACUGAUGAUGAGGAAUAGAAAGCACUGUCCCCUUGGAGAUGUCUACUGCAAGGCACUGUCCCGCUGGAGAUACCCACCGCAAACUGUGCAGCCUUAUCAGAUAGCAUUAAAGCUAGUUAGCAUUAUUAGAUAUCAUUAGCUAUCCCCUACAGAGAUUCAGUCAUCUGGAUUGAGUAGCUGGAGGCUGGUUAGCUUUGGUCCAGGGGGCGUUUGUGCGCGUUCCAGUGGAGGAACACGCACUGACGGUGGCGUGGACCAGAGCUAUAAGCUGGACAACGGUGACGUGGACCAGAGCUAGAAGCUAGACAACACUCUUUUUGAGUAUACAGUAGCUAGCAUGUUGUUGUGGCCAAGCCUCUGACCACACAGUAGCUAGCAUGUUGCUGUGGCCAAGCCUCUGACCACACAGUAGCUAGCAUGUUGCUGUGGCCAAGCAUCUGACCAUUCAGUAGCUAGCAUGUUGCUGUGGCCAAACCUCUGACCAUUCAGUAGCUAGCAUGUUGCUGUGGCCAAGCCUCUGACCAAACAGCUGUUGUGUUCACAGCUCCGCCUUCAGAUGAAUUGAGCCAUAGCAAUAGAAUUACUGCUGUACUUCCCUUCACCUGUUCUAGUACACAUAUUUCUAUGAUUGUAGCUGGCUUGCAUAGAAUUCAUUCUGAGUCGCAGGGGAUUGAGAUGAAGGUUAACCUUAAUUGUGGUUGUAAAUAUAAUUGAAAAGCGAUCUCUGUGUAGAUGUCACAUGUCCAUUGGGGAGAUCAAUCGAUGUUGUCAUGUUAGUGUAAAAGUUUUAAAAAGCCAAGUUUUACUUUUUUUGUUAUUUCAAAACGUUAUUCCCCCCCCCCCCCUCUAUUUUAAGUACAUGUUUUGUAUUGCUGCAUCCUCUGUUGCCACAAUAUCUGAGUGAAUGAACAUCAAGUGUUUAAUAGUGGCUGACACCAUAGAUCUCAACAUUGAAAUCAGCUUCCGACAUUUCUUGUGUUGUCAUUGUUAAGGUUAUUAACAUUAAUGUGUUGUUCACCUGUACUGUAUCUGAUGCUUCAUGGUGUGUCUGUGUCUGCUGGGAGGUGGGGCUCUGCUGGGAGGAGGGGCUCUGCUGGGAGGAGGGGCUCUGCUGAGAGGAGGGGCUCUGCUG